AUAGGCAGCUCACUAGAUUUUGAACCACAGCCCGAGAGUUUAUCCUCUUACGUAACUCAUACCGCGUAUACACUGACUAAAACCUAUUUGAAAUGCCCCGUGUACUGUCACUCGUGAAUAUAAAAUCAGUCUCUUUAAAUCAGUCUUUUGAAAACGCCUUCAACACGAUCUCCAGAUAAAGUUAAGAGUGAUUUCCUGGCGCGCGGUGAAUCUGAUCCAUCCAUCCCACAUUAAAUACUUCCGGGUAUUUCACUACACUCCGAUGUUCGCAUGAUUUGGGUUUGAGUAAAUCUUUUUUCUUUAUAACUUAAAGCAACAUGGACGAGAGCGUCUUGAAGUGAGCAUUUUUUUGUUCUUCUUUGAUACUCAGUUGAUACUUUGUGGCUUUGUUUUAUCCAGCCAGAUGUGAGCGUGUACAUUUGUUUGGCCAUGUCCAGAUGUUGAUCUCAAGCAGAUUGGUAAUCCAUGGGAUUAAAUGCUGCUGCUGCUGUAUGAAGUACUGUGCUGUACAUUAAGGUACUCGCCAUGAAACGCAUCGUUUUCUUUCUGGCGUCUUUAUUCUUGACGGAGUGUUCAAGGAGACCCAUUAGGGAUGUUCUAGACAACGAGUACGGCCAGCUCAGCUCAUUGCUGUCGGACUUUGAUGUUCUUCAGCUGUCCAGUCUUCAACAGCAUUCGGUUCGUAAGCGAGACGUCCAGUCGCAAACACACGCAGAAAGACUUCUCGGUUUCACUGCAUUACAGAGGCAUUUCAGAUUGUACCUGACAACCAACACAGAGCUCUUCACUCAUGACUUUAAGGCCGUGGUGGUAGGAGAGAAUGGCGCUCAAGAGAUGUACGAGGUCCAGAGAGAAAACUUCUUCACAGGCCAUGUCAUUGGAGAGGAGAAUUCCAGAGUACAAGCACAUAUUGGUGACAAUGACUUCACUGCUCGUAUUCUUACUGAAGAAGCUGAAUACAACAUUGAGCCACUGUGGAGGUUUAUCGAAAACCCUCGUGACAAUCGGCUGCUCGUAUAUCGCUCAGAAGACAUCAGGAACGUGAGCCGGCUGGCGGCUCCAAAAGUGUGUGGCUACAUCAGAGCAGAUGCCAGUGAGAUGCUUCCAGAAAGUGUGCAAGCAGCCAGCCCACUAGAUGAAGAUGAAGAGGAGGAUAGGCAUCUAAGAGAGAGAAGGCAGACGCCGGACCACAGUAAGAACACCUGCCCUCUGCUGCUUGUGGCCGACUAUCGCUUUUUCAAACACAUGGGUCGUAGGGAGGAGAGCACCACCCUGAACUACCUGAUUGAGCUGAUUGAUCGUGUGGAUGACAUUUACCGUAAUACAUCGUGGGAUGAGGAGUAUAAAGGUUAUGGAGUUCAGAUUCAGCAGAUCAUAAUUAACAAGACACCCACACAAGUAAAGUCAGGUGCCCACUUCAACAUGAAAGGGACUCCUGUGAAGACCAAAGAUGUCUGGGACGUCAAGAAGCUCCUGGAGCAAUUUAGCAUUGACAUUGCAGACAAUGCAUCCGAGGUGUGCUUGGCUCAUCUCUUCACCUAUCAGGAUUUUGAUGAAGGCACACUUGGCUUGGCUUACGUGGCUCCUUCCAAACCAGGCUUUCCUGGAGGUCUUUGCUCUGAGAAGUGUCCACCCUCAGGAAACGACAACCGUGCUAUAUACCUCAACACUGGACUAACCAGCACCAAAAAUUACGGGAAAACCAUUCUUACCAAGGCAACGGACUUGGUUACUACCCACGAGCUUGGCCACAACUUUGGUGCUGUUCAUGACCCAGAUGAUGUGUCGUACUGUGCACCCAGAGAGGACCAGGGGGGCAAAUACGUAAUGUACCCCAUUGCGGUGAGCGGGGACCACUCUAACAAUAAAUUGUUUUCAAACUGCAGUAAGAUCUCCAUAGCAAAGAGACUGAGGGCCAAGGCCUCCACCUGCUUCAGGGAGAGGAACAGCAAUGUGUGUGGAAACUCACGGGUGGAGGACGGGGAGGAGUGUGACCCUGGACUGCUUCACCUCAACAGUGACCGCUGCUGCACGUCAGACUGCAAACUGCGGCCCAAUGUGCAGUGCAGUGACAGGAACAGUGCGUGCUGCAAAGACUGCAUAUUUGAGAAGCGGGGCAAGGUGUGUCAGGAGCCAAUGGAUGCCACUUGCAAGGGAAGAUCUUACUGUUCAGGACACAACAGUGAGUGCCCUCCUCCAGAGAACCUCCCCAAUGAGACCAUCUGUGUGGACAACGGCCGGUGUCUGAAGGGAGAGUGCAUCCCAUUCUGUGAAGCUGUGGAGAACCUGCAGUCGUGUGCUUGCAAUGAGACGAACAACUCUUGUAAGGUGUGCUGUAGGGACAAGAACGCUGUAUGUGCUCCUUAUGUCAGCGACAAGGGCAACCACCUCUAUCUGCGGAAAGGCAAACCUUGCACUGUGGGCUUUUGUGAUGGAGCGGGCAAAUGCAUGAAACAGGUCCAGGAUGUUAUUGAGAGGUUGUGGGAUUUCAUUGAGAAGCUGGACAUCAAUACUUUUGGGAAGUUCCUGGCUGAUAAUAUUGUUGGCUCAGUGGUGGUCUUCUCACUAAUUUUCUGGAUCCCUCUCAGCAUUCUGGUCCAUUGUGUGGAUAAGAAACUUGACCAGCAGUAUGAAUUGAACACAAAGUCACUCUUCUACCCCAGUAAUGCCGAGCUGCUGAGCAGUCUAGAAUCAGCUUCAGUGCGGAUCUUCAAACCACCCACAUCCUCAGGCUCCUCUGCAGUCCCACGCUUCCAGGUGUCUGGACCUCUGCAGACCAGCACACCACCUGUCUCCAUCUCUCAGGUGGCUCCAGCUCCAGCUCCAGCCCCAACCCUGUGUCCUCUCCCUACAAUAGAGCCCCAACGCAUGGCCACCAUCCAAGAAGAUCCCAGCUAUGAUUCCCACCUGGAUGAACUAGCCCUGGGAGAGGACUUCCUUACCUCUGGCUCGGUGUCACGUUCCUUUGAUGAUCUGACGGAGAACCGAGAGAACGCCAUGUCCUUCAGGGUAAAUAGACAUGCACGGAGUAACAGCAAGGAGACUGAAUGCUAAGUGUGUAAUUGUAUAAAAUGGGAAAAAAAGGAAAUUAAUGGGAAAAAGAAAUGUGACUAUGAAUGAUUGAAAAUGCUCAAAGCUGAGCAGAAUGAACAUUAAAUAAGCAUUGAACUACAAUGCGUGCUUACAGCUCCAGUAUUGAAAAUAACCAGAAUGCAGUAUGUUUUAAAGGGAUAGUUUACUCAAAAAUGACAUUUUUAUGAUUUAUGAUUUAAAGUUUUAUGACUUUCUAUCUUCUGUGGCGUUCUGAAGGAGAAAAUCCAAAUGUCUCGCUGGCCUUUAUACCAAGAAAUUCAUUAUACAUAAAGAUGCAAAAGCACCAUUGAAGUAUCUCAAAAGUGAUUCGUAAGACUUAAUGCACAAUAUUCCAAGUAUUUUUAAAAAUUAUGAUAGGAUUGUGUGAGGAACAGAAUUGUUUUCAGCUGUUAAAAUAGGUAUGAAAUCUAUUUUCUAAAAGCAUGUUAUUGAUAUCAUUGUUCCCUUUUUUUUAACCACCAUAUAAUUUGCUUUUGAAACACAUCUCUCCUGUUACAUAUGCUGGAUCAUUCAAGUAUGCGAUCAUUUAGUUGGCUUAAACCCUGCUGCUUUCUUAUAAUCAAUUGCAAGCUUGCAUUCAGAUCUGCCUCUAUCCUUUCAACAACCGAAGUCCCCAUCAUACUUUUUAUCUUUUCAAUCAUCUUUUUCACUCAAUCCCCCCAAAAAUCUGUUGCUAUUUCCCUUACAUUACCACUUCAACUGCUACAACCAGAUCAUUAAAUUGAGUUGAACUUCAGUCUGAUUCAUGAACAAAUCAUUUAGACUCAGAAUAGUGAUUCAUUCACUGCUGCUUCCUUCAUUGAAGAUUAUCAAUGACAAAUGACUUACAUUUUGGUCUGUUCCUCCACAAAGCAGUUGUAUAGCUUUAAAACACUAUUGCACAUGUUGGGCCGAUCACUUUCAUGCUACCUUUAAGGUGCUGAAAAAAAAGGACGUCAUUAGUUUUGGAAUGUCAUGAGGGUGGGUAAAUGAGGACAGAGUUUACAUUUUUGGGUGAACUAUCCCUUUAAGAGCGCUGGACUUUUAUAAAGAAACAGAAGGCACAAAUAAUUCAGUGACUAGGCAUUAGAUAGGAAUUUAAUGUUGUCAGUCCUGUUAGGAUUAUGCAGUAUACUGCACACAUAAUUACACACACACACACACCGACCGACCGGAUCUCAUCAGCGUUAUCUAAACAUGACCAGCAUCAUUGUUAAAGUUUAACUGCCCAGUACUAAGAUGUUUACAGGUCUUUUUUGUCUGAGAUUGAGCAGAUGCUUACAGAUCUUGAAAACUGUUAUAUUACAAAAAUACCUGUUAUAUUUGAGAUGUUUUUUUAUGUGUAUGUGCUCUGACACCAGCAAAUUUUAUAAUCUCUAUGGAACACAAUCUUGUGUUUUUGCUUUUUAUUGUUUGCAAGAGACAAUCUCAUAUUUUAGGGGCAUUUUAUAUUUUCAGAUAUUGUCUGUGAAAUUAUUAUUUUUUUCUUUAAUUUGUACUGUUCUUGAUUUAACUUAAACCGUUGUAUCAGCAGAUGUUAUACAUGUUUGGUAAAUGAGGUUUUGGCUCAUUGGCUUUAUAUGAAACACCAAAGUCAUUAGAUAAAAAAAUCAAAAGAGAGACUAUCAGGCUAAGUCUUUUCUGCAACACAAUGUUCAUGACUGUAUGCAAGAAUAUGUAUCUUGCAGCUGCUCCCAUAAGAAUGUACUGAUAAACACUGCUCUGAGAUCAGUAUCCAAAGUGCCUUGUAUUUGUUUUUUUUAUUUGUAUUGUGAAAUCGUAUUUUUCUCCAUGUGUUUUGUAAUAUAAUCUAUAGGAAAACUCAAAAAGGGAAUAUGACAAUAUGUCAUUUAUAGGUGGCAGAACAGUCUCCUUCUGAAUCUUAUUCAAAAAUGGGGAUGUAUUGGUAUUGGAGAAUACCAAGCAGACUAGUAAGUACUAGAUCUUAUUACGUGACCCAGCCCUGAAAAUGUACUUUGCUUUUAUUCUCUGGUGUCAAACCCUGUGAAAUCUUUUUUGAUGUUAAGAAAUGUGCCCAUAAAUACUCCGACUGCAUGGUUCCUCAGAAUGUUAUGAUGGGACAAGAGAGAAAGUAUUGAGUAUUAAGACAGUGUUUUGUAUCAGUGUGUUUAAUAUUUGUGUAACUUGGUAUAUUUUGAAAGCUUUCAUUUUUAAAUAAAGUGUCAGCUUUAAUGCGA